UUUCGCUCUUCGCUCGUCCCACUACCCCUCUCUAGUUCACUAUACCUGUGCUAGCACGGAUGCUGCCAUACCAUAUGAUUCGUUCAUCAUUAUUUAAAUUCAACGCUUGCCAAACUUGUUACGUGCCGCGUAAUAAGUGCUGGAAUGUUCUCAAAGUGCUGGUGCCGUUUUGUACUAGAAAAUUUUGCUGUGCGGUGUCUACGAACAAACUCGCCGAUAAAGUUGGGCAAUAUGACGAGAGUACUGAAAACGACUGUGUGUACCGGACUUCAGACUUUUUUGGCUUAGCGCAUGACAGAAAAAACAAAGAAAGAUUGAGGUGCCUGCUGCGGGAGCAUAAACUAAGGCUGAAAAAUGGUCUACGAGCGCCACAGGAAUUAUCCUCCCAGGACGUAGUUAACUUGCUCGCAGCAAGCUCUUUUCGCAAGAGAGGUCGCAUGUUCGAAUAUCUGUUCCACAGAGAACAAAAGCGUUUGCGCCAGCAGCGACGAGAACUGGGCGACGUAGCAUCAGUGAGUGAGGACAAACCACCCUUGAAGAGGGAUUUCGUGUCGCACACAGCUGACCGCAUCGACGACUAUGGCCUUUUCAGGAAUAGCUUUCUUAUCCGUAUCCAAGAAAGCGCUAUAAACAGAUAUUAUGAGUCAAGGCAAGUACCAGCGGUUUUGUUUGGCCAAAGUGUCGUGUUUGAUCUAGGCUACGACGAUGCAAUGUCUCCGAGGGAAAGCAACAAAGCCGCCAGGGACCUUCUUGAGGCCUUCGGAUGGAACAGAUUGAGUCGCGAUCCGUUUCAUUUACAUUUUUGUAAUGCGUCUCCGAACGGAGCGACUGCGCAAAUUAUGCAGAAAGAAUUGUUCGCCGCUUGUGAACACACGUUGCUGUCGGAGAUAACACCAAACAGCUACUUGGACAUGUUUCCAAAAGAAAGACUUGUGUACCUAACCCCAGACAGUGAAAACACAUUGGAUACCUUUGAUUACGAUGCAGUAUAUGUGAUCGGAGCGCUCGUAGAUAAAGAGACUAAAGAAGGUGCGACUCGGGCCAAGGCAGCUUCUGAGGGGUUGAGAACGGCACGGUUUCCACAGACGUUCACUUGGCACUGGCAGAAGGGAGUGCCGAAGCCGCUGCAUUUGACAGAUGUUUUCAAGGUCUUACUUGCCCUAAAAAGAACGAACUGCUGGAAGUAUGCAUUAAAGUUUUUGAACUCUAAAGUGACCAUUUUGCAGGAAUAGGCCAUCAUUUGUAUUCAGCUACUUCACAAAGGCAAACAAAGGAAUUCUAGCUGCAGUAUUGCAGCAAUGUUGCAAGCAUGUGUUUGACAGUGCAUCGUUGCCCUUCUAAAGUAUGUUUUCAACUCCAAAUAGCAAAGCUAUGUGUUGAGCUGUGUCACAUGAACAGUUUUAAUACAAUGUAUCUGUGGAACUACUACUAAACAAAUUAAAACUGUUGAUUGAGGCAUGUGGCA